UUUCUCAACUUUUCUGAUAUUUUUUUGCACUUUUCGAGCAGUCAAAUUCUAUAACGUGCGACACAGUGACAGUUUUUAUUUUCUAAACCAUUCUGUACUCUUGAAUUGCUGGACAUUUGUGACAACUCCGUUUGAUUUUGCUAAGGAGCCGAAUGAGUUAAAGGUGCGGAGACUGACUUCAUUUGGAAAGCGACAAAGAUGGACAUUGAAAAUAGACAUAAACUGGAUGCCUCUCGAAGAGGUAUGCAGCAGUAUCUCCAGAAACGGGCAUACCCACGGCAACCUGAAAUCUCCGACGGCAUAAGCGACUUAAUUCCUCCGAGGAAUCUUGGAAUAUACUGGAAACGCUUAAUGGACCGUUCCUACACUAUUUUUCGGGAUGUGCAGAACCUUUCCGAUUGUGUUUCAAACCGAGAAGACCAGCAGUUUUACGUCAGCAUGUUGAGCCACUGGUCGCGUUACCUCAUCUUGUUGGAGGAAAUCCGACAGGAAAUAUAUGAAGCAUUGGAAACGCAGGAUUUCAGCGAGGAUAACAGUUUAAGGGAGCAGUUGGAUGUCUUUACAAACCUGGUGUAUAUAUGGAGAUUAUUCCAGAUUGUAUUUUUUGAACGAAUCAAUGAUGACCCGGCCGAAUUUUCAACGAAAUAUAUCAUCCGCUUAUUGGCAUUUCGGGAUUCCUUGGGUCCACCUUUGACCAAAAUGCCGAACACUUCGCCGCAGAAUCGUAAUCCGGUCAUUUGGGACAGUAUUAUUCGCUACGUUCUGCUAGGGAAUUUUUCUGAAGCAGUGGCCUCAGUGGAUAAUUUGGAUGCAGAACAGAGGGACGAUUUGGCUGUGCAGACGAUGGUGCAAGUCCUUGAGCGUUGCCCUGUGUUUAGCUCAAAUGCGACAGCAGAAAGCGUUACUGAGUGGAGAAGUGGCGUGGAACAGCUGAUGCAGGAGGAAACAGUUAUCUCUAACACAGCGGUAGCACGCGUAUUUCGGGUCUUAUUGGGAGACUUUGACGAAUGGGUGGCACUUGGGUAUCAGUUUUCUUCUUGGAUAAGUCUGUACAUAAGCCGCUUUCUUCAUAUCGGAAUGUUUGGCGCUUCCAGCACAAUGGCUCAAAAUCUUCAGCUAUUAUCGGAUGCAUUUGCAAUGUGUCCGAAGCGAUCCUUUCCCCAACUGGUCGAUGAUAUUUUCGAAAGUAUUCUGAGAAUGAAUUGGGACAAAGUCUUUGAUUUAAUUAGAAUUUUGUUUCGGAAUACGUGGUUUACAGUGCAUACGUUCGAUUUGCUGUUUUGUUAUGGAAUGUCGUCUUUAUUGGAUCGGGCCACUGAGGGAGAUUGUGCUGAAAUUCGCGAGGCAAUUAUUGUGGAAUACGUCACCUGGAACGUGAGCGGUAAUAACUGGCUUCCUGCUGUCCGUUACCUGAAAUAUUGCCGCCUUAAAGGAGAAUCCGUUGUGGCUGAACUGAUCUCUCAAGUUCCUUUUGAAACUAUGGAAUCGCGACGGGCUGUAGAGAACGCUUUUGCUAUCGAUGGACUGCAGUCUGCUUUGGCUGAGCUGAAUCGGCAAGAUGCAUUUGAGGCUUUGAAAAAGCGCGAUUUUCGAGGUGCUCUGGAAUCAGCUGCUCAGGCUGAUGACAAUUUUCUGGUUCAAGUAUCGAAUCUUUAUCUCGAUUGCCUCAGUCGAUCGAGAGGAUCUCUGCAAAUAGUGGACGGGGACAAAACGAUUCUGGCUCUGCUGCCUGAGGUUGUUUUACUCCGCUUAGGAAUUCCAGGGUUUCAUGUGCUGUACGAACGAUCACUGAAACAGGAAGGAUACGAUAAAGCCCUCUAUUAUCUUAUUCUGCUGCUCAAACGGACCUGUGAUCGCGACGAAGUUUAUUAUCUCAUUGGCCGAAUGAAUGUUGUCGUGGAAAGUAUUCGCACGCGAGACGAUGACAUCCACCCAGAAUAUUACAGCCAGCUGCGGCAGUUUCUUAUGCAGCUUCCUUUGACGAAUCUGAAACCUUCAAGUGAAUCGGAAAAGGACGCGGUGUUACAGCUGGAAAAGGAAGUGUUCGCUCCAGGUGCAUGGAGCGUUGACCGGUAUUCUGCAUUUGCAAAAGCGCACAGUUAUCCAGUCGAGGAACAAGGGUCCCGUUAAAAAUUAACGAUAAACAAUUUGAACGAGAAUUGUAAUGUGACACUCUUCCUGUUUCCGAGUUACUCUUUUGACAGCGGUAGAGAAUGUUUGGCCGAGUCCUUCCUGAUUGUAUUUUCUUGUGCACAAUAUUCAGUUCUGAACUUGCGCGUUGAAUUAAACACUGAUUCUGUUCGGGUCGUUAGAGUAACAAUAA